UUGUUUUCUAAGAAAAGAAUUUCAUCUAAAUGUAUAAAUGUAGUGAUACAUAGUUUAUAUUGAAGUGCGUAUAUUAAUUGGCUGCAACACGUGAUCGAUCUACUUGUACGGCAUAGUUAUGGCUGCGAAAAUAGUAAAAGAAUUUAAAUUCGGUCUCCAAAUUAAAGCAAGCAGUGAGACUGAUGUUCAAAAGCUUCGAAUAAUUAACAGCGGACCUUUAUGUUAUAAACAGCGCGCUGUUAAACACAGCUGACGUUGUGGCUUUGUUUAUAAAAGAUAAGUGUAUUGCCGGGGUGCGCGACAAUCUCAAAUUUAGUAUUGUCAUCUGACCGGCAUUCGAAUUUCUACGUGUCUGAUAAGAAGUAAAAUUCAUUCAUACAUAUAAGUAUCAUGGCUACACAGCUGACAACAAUAUCUGACGUAGCAGAGCUGAUGAAAUUGCAAGCUUUGUAUCUAAAGGAAUGGCCUAAACAUUGCGUUGGCUACUUUUGGCUGGACAACUAUCUACGCUGGUUGGCCAAGGAUCCUGCGUUAAAGAACCUAAAGUUCUACACACUAAACGGAGACUGGCGUACGGAUGGCCUUUUCAUCUUGGUGCACCGCUACCAGCUGUUCUUUUGCAAUCUGAGUAGACAGAAGACAAUGGAACUGCAAACAGCACUACAACUCUUAGACUGGACAAAGGCCUAUAAAGUUAGUGCGAUUCAUGAAUCACACCAUGCCAUCUACAAGCAACUGGUAGCUAAGCGCCAACUCUGUUUGGAUCGCGAGAUGAACACGAUCAUGUAUAGCUUGUCGUGCAACCAGGCUAAGGAAUUGCAGGUCACCUGUCCGCCUGAAUACUACUUGGAUAGUGUACGACUUGAGCAUGCUGAGCUUAUCAAUGAUCUCUGGUCGGCACGUCACUCCGGUUCCUUGAAGCUUAUCCAGCUGCUGAUCGAGAACAAUACGAAUGUGGGUCUCUAUGAGCGCUCGACGGGAGAACUAUGUGCCUGGUGCCUAAGACUGCAGAGCGGUUUCCUGGGCGCCCUUGAAGUCCUUCAGACUCACCAGCGUCGCGGACUUGGUCUUGUUGUGGCAGCAGCCAUAGCCAGACGGAUUGCCAAUGAACUAAAUCACGAUGUCACUGCCUUAGUGAAUAUGAAUAAUAUAGCCGCUUGUAAAGUUUUUGAUAGACUGGGCUUUACACUCGUAGAGGGAGAACACUACUGCUGGAGCAUGUGCUUGCCCGAGAAGGAAAGCCCUAUUAAUUGGCCAUCUAAUCUUUAAUCUUUGAGCACA